CAACUGGCCUUGCAGGAGGCGUCGUGCUUGUCGCGUGACAUUUCAUUUUUUAUAUGUAUAUAUAUAUUUUUUAAAAGAAGCAUGCUUAUCGUUAACAGGAUGAAGCAGCUUGUAUAUUUUCUUCUGGUUGGAUUGAACAUUCUUUCUCAUAUGGAAGUGGAUUCAUCCGUCGAUUUGGAAGAAUCAAUAUGUAUUUUUAAAAACGGCGGUGACAGCAGUAUUUGCAGGGGUGAUCUCCAAGUGAUUUAUCCAGAAUUGGGAAAUGCAGCAUGCAUCGUCAUCCCAAAAUGUCAUAAUUUCCGAAAGCUCCUGAGCAAAAAAUGGAGCGCACCAAAUGUUAGAUUUCCUGAUGCCAUGGAGGAUGCAAUGUAUGUGCUGUUAAUGGUGGAUCCUGAUGCUCCAAGCAGGGAGCAUCCAACAUUCCGUUACUGGAGACAUUGGUUGGUGACUAAAAUACAUGGUAGAGAACUCCAGCUUGGAGAAGUUAGAGGCACAGUUCUCACAGCGUAUACACCUCCCAACCCUCCAUCUGGCACAGGCUACCACCGUUACCAGUUCUUCCUUUAUGAGCAACCAGUCAGCAGAACUAUUUCACUGGAUGAACACGAAGCAAAGUCCUUAAGUAAGUCUAUUAAAGAAAGGUCUUUGGGACUUGGAUUCGUUCACUUCCAGAUUCAAUCUUGGAAAACCUGUGGUAUCAACCCAAUUCAUGACCGAUAGCUAUAAAGACUGAAAAGAAGGCAAUUCUCCAAAAACUUUCAAAGAGGAAGCUAAGCAUUAGAUAAUACCUGCUGGUGAAACCUCUUCACCUCUGUUGAUUAAGUACUAACAAAGAUCGAUAAGAUGGUAUUAUUUUGCUGUUUGACCACACAGGUUAAUUAAAAAAUAAUGUAUAAUAAGGGAUAACCCCUACCUUUGUCAUGAUUGCAAUAAAAACUGAAUUUGAAGUAUUU